CGAAUUUUGCUGUCAGCCGCAAGCACACUCUAGACACGACGCAGGAUCCGGACCAGGGCGAGCAAAGAGCGAGGGUCGAGGUUAGGCAGAACAAGAGGCGGUUCGGUGGCGUGGAGACGAGGGAGAGAGGGCGCACGCGUCUGUUGUUGAUAUCGUCGCGAGACAGGCAAACGGGCCUCAGGACUGCAGGCUCCCACGUGCCAAGAUCCGUCGUCACCUCGACUUGGAUUCACCAUCACGGCCACGAUGACGAGCGCAUUGACAUGGACCGAGUCGCUUUCACUGCUGUCCCUGUCGGCCGCGUGCAUGGGCGUGCUGGCCAACACGCUUCACGGUGACGGCGAGCCGCUGAUCGCGUCGAUAGCAUUCAGCGGGCUGGCAUUCGUCUCCUGCUACGCACUAAUCCGGUGGCUUGGAGAUGCCUUCAUGAGGCGUGGCUUCAAAGGAAAGGACCUCUGCAAGCUGAAGCAGACGGAAUUACCCGAGACUAUGGGGGCGGUAUGCGCAAUGGUCUAUCUCUUCAUUAUCAUUUUCUUCAUCCCGUGGCCCUUCUACAAGGAUAUUGUAGUCGCGACCUCGGGGGGCGGCAACCGGGACAUGAUCAAGGAACUGGAGCUCAUUGAGACGGGCCGGCUGCUGCACAGGUUUCCUCACAACAAGCUUGCAUCGUAUCUAUCAGCCAUUCUCUCACUUCAAUCUAUCGUGCUGCUCGGCGUGGGCGAUGACCUGUUCGACAUAAGAUGGCGGCACAAGGUGCUCAUCCCGGCCUUUGCCGUCAUCCCCAUGCUUGUGGUAUACUUUGUCGACUUUGGCGUCACGCAAAUGGUCGUCCCCGUGCCACUGCGACCGUACCUGGGCGAGCUGUUUGAUCUCGGAUGGAUAUACUACGUCUACAUGGCACUCCUGUCCAUCUUCUCGUCCAACAGCAUCAACAUCCUGGCAGGCAUCAACGGCAUCGAAGUGGCCCAGUCCAUAGUCAUUGCGGUCCUGAUUGUCAUCAACGACGUUCUCUACCUCUCGCCCUUUACACCCUACCCCCAUCCGGCAACCGACUCGCAUCUGUUCUCCAUGUACCUCCUGCUCCCGUUUAUUGGAGUGUCUCUGGCGCUGUUGAGACACAACUGGUAUCCAGCCAAGGUGUUUGUCGGCGACACGUACUGCUACUUUGCCGGCAUGGUCUUUGCGGUGGUUGCGAUUCUGGGCCACUUUAGCAAGACGCUGAUGCUGCUCCUGGUACCGCAGGCCUUCAACUUUGUCUACUCGGCCCCCCAACUCUUCCACAUUGUACCGUGUCCCCGACAUCGGCUUCCACGGUUCAAUGCACGGACGGGGCUGCUGGAGCCCUCGCGCGUAGAGUUCACGAAGCCGUUGGCAAAACCGAUAGCGGAGACUCUGAAGCUGCUGCACCGGCUUCGGAUGCUGAAUGUUCAAGUCAACGCAGACGGCCAAGUCGUGUCGUCGAGCAACUUUACGCUAAUCAACUUGUGGCUGGUGUGGUUUGGGCCGAUGCGGGAGGACCGGCUGGCCAUGGGGCUGCUCGUGUUCCAGUUCGCAAUUGGACUCUUGGGGCUCUUUGUGCGGCACCGCAUGGCGUUGCUUAUCUUCACGGCAGACAACCUGUAGCAGACAUGCAUGCUCGGCGAUGAUGUCGGCAUGUGCUGCAGUAGCAAUGCAUCAUAUAUAAGUACACGUACACGUAUCGACACACACACACACGAUAGAGUUUAGGCGGCUUCACGGCGCCCGGAGCAGCGCGGCAGCAUGGCAAUGGCAUGCCCUUGGACUCCGUGGUCUCAGCCGUGUGAAGGGGGCGAAUCGGAGCAUGGGCAGAGAGGCUGACUGUGUACGUAGUCGCUACACACGCAGACUUACUUACGUCGGCCGCCAAGCGUGACGCGGCGGGGCAGGGACAGGGCGAAUGCGGGGCAUGGCAGCCAACGCUCUCGCUCUCACUCUCGCCCUCGUCAUCGGCCACAUGGCGCCGCAACCGCUUCUCCUGCUCACGCCAACGCCAACGCCGCCCAUGGGAGAUACCCGGCAAGGUUGCCGGCAUGCACAGCGUCUGCUAGCACUAGCAGUAUCAC